AUGCCGGACUGUUCCUCGGAAACUGAAAAGAAGGGUCCCAUAUUAUGGUCUGAUAUUCCACGCGAUGACACAAAAAGAUAUCGGGAAUCUUUCGAAUCUACACUCACACACCAGACGAUUAAGGAAGGAACGCGGAUCCCUCCAAAUGCCCCGGAACCAUCAAGGAACCGCCUGACUUCCUCAUCAUUCGGAGACAAUGGUACAACGGCAAGCGUCAAUGCCUUCGGUCAUAUCAUGCAAAUAUCUCGUUAUUUUGGUCAUGGAAAAUCUGGAUUCUACUGCGUCGACCUUGGCCACGUUCCAGAACCGUAUCUGGUUCAAUCCCGAAACCAAGAGCUUGCCGACCUAUGCGAAAGUCCUGAAGAGGGUAUACGCCUUAAAAUUUCUGGCAGCCCGGAGAAUCUAUGGGAGUUUACUGACGUAAGACCCACUGUGGACUACCUUUACGACCGAUGGCCUCGCUACACGCUCGAUAACCACAAACUAUCAAAACUCUCCAUUCAGUACUUUUGCAAUUCUGGGAUUGUCUUUCAAAGGUAUCAGCUAAAAUCCAGGAGUACAAGUUCAUCAAUUCCGCAAUUCCAACAGCUCACUAUCGAUUUACACCUUCUGAUCCGUAACCUGGACUUUGUUGACAGAAGAAACAAUUUCAACGAAGCAGACUUACUCGAUAGUGGGUAUUCUUACCGCAAGGGUCCUCAUUGUAAAAGCAUCAUCAUCACGCACCAGCUCAAAUCCGCCGAUGGGGACACGGAUGCGGCUGAUAAUACAAACGUCCGGUUGGAGAACCAACAAAUCAGCAACGAAAAGGCUCCAAAGUUUGUUGGUUUGGUAAUCACUGCAUUUUCGAAAGGAAGUGCCCAAUCUCUCAAAACCGUCUCACCAUCUGAAUCUCCAUACGUGUAUGAAAUCGACCUAGACAAAGCACAUAGGAAAGAGCUCCAGACUUCUGGUAGCCUGGAAAUCACUCUAGCCUAUCGCAUGCAAAUGAUGUCGGACAAAGAGCCUUGGGAAUCUUCACUAAUUCCAGCAAAGACUUUGCAAGCCAUGGGAAGGCACUUCUCCUCAGAAAAUUACGAGUUGUACAACUCAACGAGAAGACUUCGUUUCUCAACCAAUGCCCAUUUGGAUUUUAUUACCCGGCGAAACCUUGAGCACAUACUCUCCGUUUGCCGGAUACCAAUACCUCAAAAUCCUGUUUGGAAAGAUGUUCCAAAAUCUCCUGAUGGUGGGGAAACAGCCGUAGCGCUCACCUGCGGCGACAUGUCCGGUCAUCGUCUAACUUCAACGACAAGUUUCUUCGCGUUUCAGUUUUUACUUUUCAUGUACAAAUAUCUUGAAAGCCUGCUCAAAAACGAAAAUCCUUUAAAGCAUUCUCACACACCAAAUGAUUGUCUUUGUGAGCAAAAGAGCACAAAAAAGUGCAAAGGUUGCACCGACCUCAUGAAAUAUAUCAAUACUUUGAAGGAUCGCAUUCAUAGUACAUGCAAGGCACAUGUUACUUGGUUGUUCAAGAAAACUGGGCCUUCUACCGAUCAAUUUUUGCCACAUUACUGGGCAACCGGAAUGCCAAUCAAAGGCUGGGAGAAAAACUACUAUUUGUCUUUCCAGCCUUUAACCGACACCGCUUUCCAAAUAAUCAAAGUCCGAGACUUCGACACAAUCACUGGAACUAAAGAGUCACUGCAUCACAAAGACAAAAUAGAGGAUAGAAUAAGAGCAUAG